AUGAGUGCACUAUUAAGUGACUCUGACUUAAAUGAUUUCAUUAGUCCUGGAAUGGCCUGUGUGAAACCAGCAGGUCCUACCGAAGCAAAGGAUAAUAACAAUAAACUCGAAGUUGGUAUUGAGUCCAACGUUCCAGUUAAGGUUUCUAUAACUUUGCAGGAUUGCCUUGCAUGUGCAGGGUGUAUAACCUCUUCAGAGGAGAUUCUUCUCUCGAAACAAAGCCAUACGGUCUUUUUGAAAAAGUGGAAUGAAUUAAAACAAGAAGGAUCGAGAUCAUUAGUGGUAAGUAUAUCUCCACAGUGUAGGCUUUCGAUGGCUAGCUAUUACUCUAUGAAUCUUGGAGAGUUCGAUCACUGUUUCCGUCACAUACUUAAGGAUAAAUUUAAUGCCAAAUAUGUUGUUGGUACUCAAAUUGGUAGAUCUAUCUCAAUAGCCCAAAUGAAUGAAACCAUACAGAGUAAAUCUACAGAAAAAGUCGGGCCGAUGAUAUGCAGUGUGUGUCCAGGUUUUGUACUAUACGCUGAGAAAACUAAACCUGAAUUGGUUCCUCACAUGCUCGAUAUUAAAUCCCCUCAACAGAUUACGGGAAACCUACUUAAACAGAUUGAUCCAACGUGCUAUCACUUGAGUAUAAUGCCAUGCUUUGAUAAGAAAUUAGAGGCAUCAAGAGAUGAGUGUUUGAAGGAAGUUGAUUGUGUAAUAACCCCAAAAGAGUUCGUCACGAUGUUAAAUGAACUGUCAAUUGACUUCAGUAGUUACUUAUCUGGGCCUGAUCUAAUUAAAGAAUUGACACCUACCAGCUGGAGUCCGGAAUUGCACUGGCUCAGUAAUGAGGGUAGCAGCAGCGGUGGCUAUGCAUACCAAUAUAUUUUGGAUUUACAAUCAAAGAAUGUCAGAUCCCAUAUCGUUACUGUGGAUGGAAAAAAUUCCGACGUUGUCGAAUACAGACUAAUAUCAGAAGUCGGUCAAGUAAUAGCAUCAGCUGGACAAGUAUAUGGUUUUAGAAACAUUCAAAACAUGGUUAGAAAGCUUUCACAGGGUUCAGCAUCUAAGAAGAGAGGAAUUAAAGUAAAAAGACGCGGCAAGCCAACAGGCAAAGACACAACCAGUUCUAUUGCCGUCGCAGACCCAACAAAGACAGAUUUUAUUGAAGUAAUGGCUUGUCCAAGUGGCUGUAUUAACGGUGGAGGACUCUUAAACGAUGGGGAAAACGCAAAUCGCCGGAAGCUCUUAGCCCAAGAUCUAUCACAGGAAUAUGCCAAGAUCCCUAUAGUCAAAAACAUACAGGACGUAGCUGACACAUAUUCCAGCAAAACCUCUGAUCUCCGUUACAAUCUCCAAGUCUUGGAAAGUCCCCCUUCUGAUUUCGUAACAAUUGGUAACACAUGGUAA